AUGAGCGAAACUAUGAAAGCUGUGCAAAUCGCCCGCUCAACAUCCUCUCCAACACUGUCCCUGGAGACACUCCCCAUCCCAACCAUCAAACCAGGCCACGCGUUAGUCAAAAUAAACUACUCAUGCAUCCAUCCUUCCGACCGUCUCAACGCUCAAGGCCUCUUCCCAUCAACAACCUACCCACGCAUCCCAGGCCGGGACUUCUGCGGCACAGUGGUAGAGAUAUCCGACUCUGACACGCCCAACGCAUCCAAAUCCUGGCUUGGAAAGCAUGUCUACGGCACCAGCGGAUCGAGUCUCGGGUUUACAAGCGAUGGCCCUCAUGCGCAGUAUUGCUUGAUACCCCACGGAGCUCUGGUCGAGAAGCCAGCUUCUCUUUCUGCGUUGCAGGCCGCGACGGUUGGUGUGCCGUUUACCACUGCGCUGAUCUGUCUGCAACGGGUCCAGGCUAAACCGGAUGAUGUAGUUCUUGUUCUGGGUGCCACUGGCGCGGUUGGCUCGGCUGCUGUGCAGAUUGCCCGGGCUAUGGGGUGUAAGCGGGUUUUGACUGCUGCGCGGAGGGCGGAAGCCAGUCCUGAUAUUCUUUUGUCUGGGGAGAAUGGCAUUGAGGGUCUUGCGGCGCGGGUUUUGGAAUUGACUGGUGGGAAGGGUGUUGAUGCGGUUGUUGAUACGGUGGGGGAUGUGGUGUUGAUGGGUGUUCUGGUUGAAUUGUUGGCGCGGAAGGGGCGUUAUACUUGGAUUGCGGCGCCUAGGGAUGAUGUGAGUAAGAUGUUGUCGUUUGAUAUUUUCCAGGCGUAUCGAAAGGAGAUCACCCUUGCUGGGUGCAAUUCUGUUAGUCCUCCUAUUGGGGAUGCGGCUGAGUUGUUGCGGGCUCUUGGGGAUUGGAUUGACCAGGGAUUGUUGUGUGCGAAGGACGAAGGAUCUUUUAGAAGGGUGACAGUUGAUAACUUGGUUGAUGAGGGGUAUAGAGGGGGUAAGGGGCAGGUUGUAAUUGAAAUGGAAUGA